CCGGGCACCAUGCUGCCCUCGCAGGAGGCCUCCAAGCUCUACCACGAGCACUACAUGCGGAACUCGCGGGCCAUCGGCGUGCUGUGGGCCAUCUUCACCAUCUGCUUCGCCAUCAUCAACGUGGUGGUCUUCAUCCAGCCCUACUGGGUGGGUGACAGCGUGAGCACCCCCAAGCCCGGCUACUUCGGCCUCUUCCACUACUGCGUGGGCACCGGGCUGGCGGGCCGCGAGCUCACCUGCCGGGGCUCCUUCACCGACUUCAGCACCAUCCCGUCCGGCGCCUUCAAGGCGGCCGCCUUCUUCGUGCUGCUGUCCAUGGUCCUGAUCCUCGGCUGCAUCACCUGCUUCGCGCUUUUCUUCUUCUGCAACACCGCCACGGUCUACAAGAUCUGCGCCUGGAUGCAGCUCCUGGCAGCUCUGUGCCUUGUUCUGGGCUGCAUGAUCUUCCCCGACGGCUGGGACGCCGAGACCAUCCGGGACAUGUGUGGGGCCAAGACGGGGAAGUACUCCCUGGGGGACUGUUCGGUGCGCUGGGCGUACAUCCUGGCCAUCAUCGGCAUCCUCAACGCGCUCAUCCUCUCCUUCCUCGCCUUCGUGCUGGGCAACCGGCAAACGGACCUGCUGCAGGAGGAGCUCAAGCCGGAGAACAAAGAUUUUGUGGGCACUACAGUAAGCUCUGUGCUGCGACCAGGCGGCGACGUCUCUGGAUGGGGAGUCCUGCCCUGCCCUGUCACUCACUCCCAGGGACCCUAAGGCCAGGAUCGCAGCCCAGGAAUUGGCCUGACCUCAGUGUUUCCUGUCUGCUGCCCUCUCACCCCUACACUCAGGUCUGAGGGAAGACCCUGAUCUCCGGCUGACCACGCGUGGAAGGCCGGCGAGGACCCGCAGCCUUUCACGAGAACACAGGGCCCGUCUGCAGCCUGGGGGGGUGGGGGUGGGAGAAAGGCCCCAGACCCUGGGAGGCCUGAGCCAGCCCUGCCUCAAUUUGACCUAAGGGGGAACCAGG